AUACUCUUCCAUGUUCACCCCUACACUUGCCUCAUUUUGUUUUACUUCUAGGCCCGUAGAUGCAGGGCCCAAAAUGUCGUGGCCCAUCACUUUUAUCACGUUCGUUUGUCUAUCUUCUUCUUCUUCUUCUUUUCUCCCCGACUCCAUCGGGACAUGUUUACCAUUGAUCUUUAUAAAAUUAUACCGGUGUAGUAUCUCCCCGGGUACGGAACUGAUAAGCGUGCCGGAGGAAUGGCGGAUUCUGGUUCUGGAUUUCCAUCUCCGUCGUCCAAUUUCAAGGGAGUAACGGCCACUCCUCAACCCCGCGGCGGCGGAGAAGCAUCGAAAUACCUCUCCAACCUCCCUUCGCGAGGCCUAUUUUCUUCCGCCGUCCCUUCUUCCAGUCCGGGUGGAAUGCGAGUUUAUGUUUGUGUUCGUGAUACCAUGCCUCCAGAAAACCAGAUCAUUAAGACGGACCAGAUGAACAUCUUAAUCAGAUCCCUCACGCUUGAUCAGCAUAGGGGUGACUCUGGUUUAAAAGACAGAAGAAGUACUGCAAAUGAUAGUUCAAGAAAGAGAGCUGCCGGGAGAGCAUUGGAUGGUAGAGCAUCCGCAAAGAAAGCUGCAAGCAGCAGUCAAGCCAUUUCAUGCCAGGAAGGAACAAAAAACCAUGUCCCGGACCGACAUUUCCAAAGCUUGACAGUGGAGAGACUCCGUGCACUCUUGAAGGAAAAGGGCCUUUCACCUAGAGGAAGAAAGGAUGAAUUGGUUGCCCGUUUGAAGGAAUCCUCCCAUGAGUGAAUCAAGUGCCAAAACCCCGGAGAGGUCAUUUCUCUCCCAUCUGUGAUUCUGUGUACUUUCUAUGUUAGCGUAUGUAAACUACGGAGUGACUUUGGCAAACUAAUUAUAAAGAACAAUCAUGUUACUCGUGUGGUGCCUAUUUUUUAUAGAGUAAUAUUGUUUGGGUGUUCUUUCUUUUUUAGGAAAAAAAUCAGUUUUUUUUUU